UCAAACAUAGCCUUAAAGUCUGAAGUUAAACAUAACCCUACUUUUAGAUAAGUCAUCAUCGGAUGAUCUCCGUUAAAGCCAAGCCCUUUCUUAAUUGAUUGUAGGUAGUAUCUCAAAUAAAACACCAUAUUCGUGUUGACUGACCAUAGUCCGCGAAAAAAUGACUGAACAGCACCGAUUUGGUAACAUUUCAACUCCUAUAACCUGUCAUGCUUGGAAUAAAAAUAGGACAAAAAUUGCCCUCUCCCCUAACAACCAUGAAGUACAUAUUUAUGAAAAAAUUGGUAAUGAAUGGAAACUUCAAGAUGUUCUAAGUCAACACGAUUUACGAGUUAUGGGGAUUGACUGGGGCCCAAAUACUAAUCGUAUUGUAACAUGUGCCAUUGAUCGUAAUGCUUACGUGUGGACUCAAAGUGAUGACGGUAAAUGGAAACCUACCCUUGUUCUACUAAGAAUUAAUCGUGCAGCAACAUGUGUAAAAUGGUCUCCCGAAGAGAAUAAAUUUGCUGUAGGAUGCGGGGCACGACUUAUAUCUGUUUGCUAUUUCGAAUCAUCGAAUGAUUGGUGGGUGUCUAAGCAUAUAAAAAAGCCUAUUCGUUCAACAGUUACUUCAUUAGACUGGCAUCCAAAUAACAUAUUAUUGGUAGCUGGAUCAGCUGAUUUUAAAGUUCGAGUAUAUUCAGCUUACAUGAAAGACAUCGAGAAAAUGCCGGAACCAACUCCAUGGGGUGCAAAAAUGUCUCUCGGGCAAUUAUUGGCCGAAUUUAUUAACUCUCCUUCAGGUGGGGGUUGGAUUCACAGUGUAAGCUUUUCCCCCAGCGGUAAUAAAAUUUGCUGGGUGGCUCAUGAUUCCAGUAUUAAUGUGGCCGAUGCAGCACGAGGAAAUGUAGUGUUUAAACUAAAGACUGACCAGUUACCGUUUUUGAGCUGUAUUUGGGUUACUGAACGAUCGAUUGUAGCUGGAGGAUACAGUUGUGUUCCUCUUUUAUAUUCCCUGGGUUCAAACGGUCAGCUUGGAUUCGUAGCCAAACUGGACAAUUCACAAAAGAAAGAAGUAAGUGGUUUUUCUGCUAUGAAAAAGUUCCAAUCCUUGGAUAAACAGGCGAGAAUUCAUGUUGAUAACGGUUUGGAUUCAAUACAUCAAAAAGCUAUAACAACUAUCCGUUUAUAUUCCGGAACUAACGCGGACGCUACCAAGAUAAGCACUUCCGGAUUGGACGAUCAUUUGGUCGUUUGGGAUCUUAUGUCCCUUGAAACUGCUAUUCAGGGACUUAAAAUUGUUUAAUUGUCUCUUAAAUUUUUAAUUAAUUUUACCCAUCAAGUUUUAGAUGUAAGAAGUAACUACUUAUUGCAUUUAUUACAAGACUUUAAAUAAUGUGACGUACCCUUUUGAAACAAUAAAGUUACAAAAAUGAUAGUCA